GUUGCAGACUCUGCAGGACAGGGUGGUGUUGGCAGUGCGUCAGCAGUACGUGGCCAUUGGCGACCAGGUGGCAGUGACGCUGGGAGACAGGGACGAGGUUGCAGUGGUGCCACCACUCAGUGGAGGGUAAAAAAAACUGUUACCAAAGAUGUCAGUGGAGCAGAGAAAUGUCCUGAAGCUCUGCCAUGAUAGGUUGUCUGUCCAGGAAGUAGUGGAUGCUGUCAACAGUGAUUCCUGUGGAGCAACUGCAGUAUUUAUAGGAACAACACGUGAGGACGAGGUCAAUGGCAGGAAGGUGGUGGGUCUGGAGUAUGAGGCAUAUAAGCUCAUGGCCCAAACAGAGUUUGUAAAAGUUUGUGCUGACAUCAGAGAGUACUGGCCAGCUGUUGUGCACAUCUGUGUUCACCACAGGCUGGGGUGGGUGAAAGUAGGUGAAGCUAGUGUCGUCAUGGCAAUUUCAUCUCCUCAUCGCCAUGAUAGCCAUCAGGCGAUCCAGCACUGCAUCAGUCAGCUGAAGGCCAAAAUUCCUAUCUGGAAGAAGGAGGUGUAUGACACACAGGAGGUGAGCUGGAAGGAGAACUCUGAGUGUUCCUGGUCGCUCCACAGUGAAGUUCAUGAAGAAAAUGGCAAUUUGUCAGAAUAACGUGCUGGAAUUAAAAUGUGUUCGCUCUGAAUUA